AAAAAGAUGCUUGACUUAAUUUCUAAUGAUUAAAUUCCCAGGUGGAGUUUAUUGUCUAACUAUGAAAUAUGCUGCUGUAUAUCAGAUCAUUUACUCCCAAACAUCGAUAUCGAUAUCGGCCCUCCCCUAAAUAAUCGAGUAUCGAUCAGGCUCUAAAGGUGUCGCAGCCUCAAAUACUGUGACAUUAUUUCGCCCUCGCAUGUUAAGUCAGCUGUGUUGUGCAGAAUUAGACACAAACGGUGAUGUCACCGGCCUGCAGACAUCUCCACACUGUCACUUUAAUUUCAGUGCAGUCCAGGGGGCAGGAUCGAGGUUUUUUUUCUUUCUUUCUUUCUUUUUUUUUUUCCUCCUCCUCUUGGACUCGGAGCGUUUGCGCAAAGCACAGCAGCAGCAGAUUGAAUGAAGUGUUUGCAGGCUGCUGGACGCGCAGAGGAGAGGACACCACCGCGCUGCUGCUGCUGCUGCUGCUGCUGCUGCUGGCGGCUCCACACACGUACAGCCAGGAUGCACCAGGGUUUUUUCCGCGGAUUUGAGCCUCGCCACGUUUCUCCACCAGCCCCCCUUUAAGAAGAAGAAGAAGAAGAAGAAGAGGAAGGGAAAAAAAACCGCUGCGGGGCCUUGAGAAAAGGCAAAAUCUCCGCCUUGAUGGUAUCUGGAGAGCAGCGCAGCGCUCGGGCGGCUGGCAGCUCUCUGCACGGAUGAUAAAGAACUUGGGAGAGAAGGAAAUGGUCAAGAUGGCAGCUGUGCGCGGAGUGAUAGAGCUGAUGUGGAGGCAUUAAGGUGCAGUGGUGGGGUUUUUUUUUUUGGUUGUUUUUUUUUCUCUCCCCCUUCUCAGUUUCUGUGGCAUGCACGUCGCAGGACCGCGGUGCAGGACGCCUGUGAAGGAACGCGUCUGGACACUCUGCGCUCAGCCGUCCUGUCUUUAACUCCACAUUUCAGACCACAUUGCCAUGCAUGUCGGCCGGGGUGUGGGCUGUGCACGGGGGAAGCCGAUGUGUUGUUAAUGCCGCGGACUGGACGCCGUGCAGGAGGACGGACGGACGGACUGAGGGACACGUGUUUGGCUCUGGGCUGCAGGCUGGACAUUUUUGCAUACCGUGCAUAGUAAAUAAACCGCCCCCGAAGCCCGCACACAACAUUGAUGGAAUGCGACCUGAGUGAUUUUAUAACCCUUUGUGCACCGACCGAGAUAUCGCGAUUAAAAUGGCUGAGGCGCCGCGCAGCAGCAACGAGCCUCCCUCCAACGUCGAGAUCGAUCCGGAUUUCGAGCCCCAGAAGCGGCCGCGCUCCUGCACUUGGCCCCUUCCCCGUCCGGAGUCUGGUGCGGGCAAGCCCGGGACGAAUGACGCUGACGUAAUCCCCGAAGAGGAGGAUGAUGAGGGCGGCAGCACGGGGAGCGGAGAUGCGCAGAAAGACGGCAGUGUUCAGCCCAGGCAGCCGAGCAGCAGCUCCGUCUCCCAGCCCGUGGAGGUCCAGCGCGGCCCCUGCAGGGAGGAGGCCGCCGACGGCUCGCCCUCCUCGGCGCAGACCCCCUCCGCGGCUCUGGGCGGCUCUGCCUCCCAGCAGCUGAGGAAGUCCUCCGCCCGCAGGAACGCCUGGGGCAACUACUCCUAUGCAGACCUCAUUACCCAAGCCAUCGAGAGCUCCCCCGAGAAAAGGCUGACCUUGUCCCAAAUCUAUGACUGGAUGGUGAGGUCUGUGCCAUAUUUCAAGGACAAAGGCGACAGCAACAGCUCUGCUGGCUGGAAGAAUUCCAUCCGACACAAUCUGUCCCUCCAUAGUCGUUUUGUGAAGGUCCAGAAUGAGGGGACAGGGAAGAGCUCCUGGUGGAUGGUCAACCCUGAAGGAGGUAAAGGAGGCAAAGCUCCCCGACGACGUGCUGUGUCCAUGGACAACAGCAAGUACAUCAAAGGUGCUCGAGGACGCGCCACCAAGAAGAAAGCCUCGCUGCAGGCAGCUCAAGACGGCAGCUCGGAGAGCUCCUCCAGCCUCUCCAAGUGGACGGGAAGUCCCACCUCCCGCAGCAGUGACGAGCUGGACGCCUGGACGGACUUCCGCUCCCGGACCAAUUCUAACGCCAGCACACUCAGCGGUCGUCUGUCCCCGAUCCUGGCCAACCUGGAGCUGGACGAGGUGCCCGACGACGACUCGCCCCUGUCCCCGAUGCUGUACUCCAGCCCCAGCAGCAUGUCCCCGUCCACGGGUCCCACCGGGCUCUCCGACCUGGCAGGUACCAUGAACCUAAACGACGGGCUCUCCGACAACCUGAUGGACGACCUUUUGGACAAUAUCAGCCUGACGGCAUCCCAGCAGCCUCCUCCUGGAGAGGAAGACAAUGGAGCCAACGGUCAGGGGUCAGUGUUUACUUUCAGCUGCUCAGGAAGCAGCCUGGGGAGCCCCUCCGGCAGCUACGGGCCAAACCCUCUUUUCAGCCCUCCGUCCAUCACAAGCCUGCGCCAGUCGCCCAUGCAGACCAUCCAGGAGAACAAGCAGACCACCUUCUCCUGCAUCUCGCACUUCAGCGACCACCAGACCCUGCAGGAUCUGCUCAGCCUGGACUCCCACAGCCCCAGCAACGUCAUGCUCACGCAGUCCGACCCACUGAUGUCGCAGGCCAGCACCGCCAUCGCCCUGCAGAACUCGCGCCGGAACGCCAUGCUGCUCCGCAAAGACCACCUGCUGGUGACCCACAGCAGCGCAGGUCAGGCCCAAAGCUCUUCAGUGCCUGGUUGGCAAGCUGGCUUGUCGACCUCUGACAACGACGCCGGCCCCAACGACGCCAAGCAGCCGCACCUGAAGUCUCCCAGCAAGAACGCCUCUAUGCAGCUCGGCUCUGGCUUGCCCGGCCAGGACCGCUUUCCCGCCGACCUGGACCUCGACGUGUUCAACGGCAGUCUGGAGUGCGACAUGGACUCCAUCAUCUGCAAUGAACUGAUGGACGCAGACUGCCUGGACCUGAGCUUUGACUCUCGCCUCACCUCCGCCCAGAACGCCAACAGGAAUUCAGGAAGCUUCUCGAGUUCGAAACAGACCUCCCCUCACAGCUGGGUGCCAAGCUGAGAAGCUCCGCCGGAGCUCAGGCGUCAAAGAAAAGGAGACGAAGUGGAGGGGAAAUGUAAAAAUGGGGCUCAUUGUGCAACUAGAGGGAAGAAAGUAUGUAAAAGUGUAUUCAUGUAGUGUUUCUUUUUUCUAUAAUUUCAACGUGAGGCAUUAAGUUCGGUACUGUAUUCUAAGUGUCUGAGACACACAAAGGUGUCUUCGCAGAGGAGAAGAGGAAAAAAAAAAGUCUUUAAAAAGAUCAAUGCCUGGGGCGGUGUGAACAACAGUGUCGACUGGAAGUACAGGACAUUUUGUUAAAACUUAUAUGAAAAGCAUCAACUCGUGUUAGUCUCAGGGAAUCACUCGUGCAGUAUCACAAAGUGGUGCACGAAACUGAAGAUAAAAUAUGUUUUCACCCGGCUUUCUCUCCUCUUUCACACCCUUUCAUACCUAAAAAAAAGAAAGAAAAAACACAUUUUUGCCAAACCAGCUGUCAGCCUGUUGCGAGUUGACGGCCUGUUUACAGAAAAAAAAAAACAAGCUGCAGAGAAUGUUACAUUAUUACGUUCCAGUGGAGGAUACUUGACAAGCUUCUUUUUUUCUUUUCUUUUCUUAAAGUUUCUUUAAGAGACAAAAAAAACAAAACAAACAAAAAAAAAAAAACAGGUGUUACUGAAAAGCUUUUUUUAAUUAUUGUUGUCCUAUCGAUGCACAGAGUCACGCACCAAAUAUCAAUCUGUAGAGGUUAAUAUGUUAUCAAGAUGUGAACUGAUAUACAUUGUGUGCUUGUGUUUUUUUUUUUUGUAUGUAGUGUUUUAUUUUUUAAUUUAGCGAAUUUUACCCUGUGAUUUCAGUGACAUUACUGUGAAUUCUGUUCCUUCUGAAGAGGUGCAUUAACUCAAGUCUUGAUGAAAUGAUGUUUCUGCUGCAGAUCCCCCUUUUUCACCAUCUCCCCUCCUCUUCCUCCUCCUCUUCCUCCUCCUCUUCCUCCUCCUCUUCCUCCUCUCCCACUUACUGCAAUAUUGGAAGUACUGCUCGGUAUACAGAGUUUAGGACAGAUGUAAGGACCGCCUUUAGCUCUAGUCGGCACCAUUUUACAUUAGCGAACACUUAGAACUAUCCGGAUUAAAAAUACCCUCCCUUUAGAAGACUCCACGCCGCUCAGCUACAAUAUCUUGGUGUUUGUUAAUUUGAAGGAGUUCUUGGUGCUAUAAAUAAGAAGAUAGCAGGGAGCGGCUGCAGAUGGAGCAGCAUUAGCAGCCUCCCCCUUUGUUAUCAGCACUACAGCAGGUGCUGGGCAGAAUAGUGUUACCAACCCCUGUGAGAGGAGGUCAUGUAGUGUGUGUGUGUGUGUGUGUGUGUGUGUGUGUGUAGAGCCAUUUGAGGAAAGAGGAGAAGAAAAAAAAAAAGAAGAAAAAUCAACCACAGUAUUUUAAAUAUUGCCAAAAUAUUUCUGCAUUUAAACUAGUGGAAAUAAGAGGAUACACAGUGUAUAAAUGUAAGGAACCAGUGCUGUAAGAGCAAGGAAAUGUAAUUGUCAUCGGCACAGUUUUUUUUUUUUCUGUAGGAACAGCAGGAUGAUUAUUUUUAGUUUACAUUUUUAUCAACUCGUCCUUUUGUCUUUGUUUUUAUUUAUUUUCCCUUUUCCACAUGUACGUAUGUUAACGCUCUUCCACGCGACGUGAGGGAGAGACGUGUAAAAGCACUUUUGUUUUCAUGGUCCGUUCACCUUCCAUCGGGUAUCGAUCAGGACUGACAGACGGCAAAUGGUGCCUGAAACAGUGUCCUCCAUUAGAGGUGAGCCUGACGGACGUUGACUGAGUCGCAGAUUGCUUCAUUUUUCCAAUUCCACAAAUAAUAAAUUCAGCACAGACGUGCUUCCAAAUAUCUUUUUUUUUUUUUGUAGCUUCACGAGGACGAUUUCAGUCCUAAAAAUACACAAUGCUGACUUGAAGCUUCAUUUCUUUCUUUCUUUUUUUUUCUUCCUUUUUUUUUUUUUAAGCACUCACUGCCAAUAUUCACACACCAUUUCUUCCUAUUGCUCCUACAAAAAGAGAGAGUGGGACAUCAUGUUGACAUUGCCAGUUGUAAUUCCAACUCCUAUCUUGGUUGUAUCAGAGAUGGUGCAUGUAAAUAAAGCUUAAAGAACCACUGAAA